GCUCCUCCCUCCUUUCUACUACCGCCCGCCUGACUUUCUUUUCCUGUAACAGACGAAGUCCUCUGACUUUCUGAAUAUUUUGUUAAAAAACACACUGAACUAAAUGGCUCAAGACUAUAUGAAAUAAGGUGGUAACGUGUGACAUCAUGACGUCGUCGUUGCUGUUUCUGAUAAUAAUACUGAAAGUCUUCAGUGGACAUUCCCUCAUAUGUCAUCCAGCAGAGUACCUAACAGCGGGAGGAUGCUGUCCUAGAUGUUUUGCUGGAAGUCGAGUUAAAACAGAUUGUACAGAGUUCAGAAGUACAUCCUGUCUGCCCUGCACUGAUGGAACCUACAUGAAUCAUCCCACUGGACUUAAAUAUUGUUUGUUCUGUGCAAACUGUGAUGCAGGUUCUGGUCUGCAGAUAAAGACAUCAUGUACAUCAACAUCAAAUACAGUUUGUCAACCACUGGAGGGAUUCUACUGUAUGGACUCCACAGAGGACGGCUGUGUGAAAGCACUGAAACACACAAGCUGUCAACCAGGACAAUACAUCAGACAAAAAGGAACAGCUCUCAGGGACACUGAGUGCACUGACUGCAGUGAUGGAACAUUUUCAGAUGGGACAUUUACAUCUUGUCAACCACACACACAAUGUGAAUCACUAAAGCUUCAGCUGAUCAAACCAGGAACUGAUUCAGCUGAUGCUGAAUGUGGAGAACAAAGUUCACAUGUGGCAACAACUGUGAUCUGUGUGAUUGUGGUGCUUUUUUUAUUAAUUGUCAUAGCUGGAUUAGUUUACUUUAUCAUAAAGAAGAAAUCAAAAAUAAAGGAAAUUGCAGACAUUUCUAGACAGUGUUUCAGCAAAAAGGAAAAAACAAAUGGAGAAACGUCAGAGAUGCUACCUGGAUGCCAUAUAGUAUCAGGUCAUGACAUUGUUGAUUAA